CGUGUGUCUCAUUCCUUCAACUGGUCUGAGCUUCUCCGAUGAUCGACAGCACGCGAACCGCCGUUGGUGUGCAUGAAAACAAAAUCCGAGCUCAUUUAAUUUUGCUUCAGAGAUGUCUUUUCUGCUGCCUAGAUUUUUUUAUCACUGUUUAAUGAAUGACCUUAUGAUACUGGUCGCUUUCGCAUUGCAAUGAGCUCAUAUGGCGGUGUCACUUUGCAGCAUGGGCAGUGCAAGGUCAGCACUGGGUGGAUUACGAGUGUCUGGGGAGAAAUGUCCAAGUUCCUUACCCGGAGACUUCGCAGAGCGACAAGAUAUUGCUCUGACGGUCUCCAGGUUGUAUUUUACGUGCUACUUUUCUUCCUCUGUGUUUUUCUUGUCAUGCUGCUGGUUGCAGCCAUUUCCUCCUUCUGUCCUCCUAUUCGCGCUUGUGAUUCAUACUUGCUUUUAUUCUAGUAUCUAUAGAUGACAGGUAAAUAAAUUUAAUGGUGACGAUAUACCUUG